AUGUUUGACUCUCAAUGCACAUUUCGCGUCCAGAUCCCGGCCCUCGCUUGUACGUUUCCUGCGCUUCUAAAUGCCAUUCUCGCUAUAUCGGCCCGACAAAUGGAAAGGAAGGAAGGGAUCCAAGACUCAUUCGAUAGUCUCGAACUGUACCAAGAGGCUAUCCGUCUACUGGGGCCCCUACUGCAAAUGCGGGAUUCAAAGGUCGUGGCAGCCUGCGUGUUAUUGUGCUGCCUCGAGAUGAUGUCUGCUCGCGCGCAGGACUGGCGCAAACACUUGGAAGGUUGCACCGCGUUGUUCGAGGCCUAUGAAAUACACGGCUUCAGUGGUGGAAUACUACAGGCAGUAUUCUGGUGCUAUGUCCGAAUGGGUGAGCAAUAUAUCAUGGAUGUCCUUUAUUGGAACCUAUAUCUGACAAUUAUAGAUGUAUGCGGUGCACUGAUCUCCGAUGGGACGGAAAGUACACUCCUUCGACCUAGCAAGUGGCUUGCCCCGAAUUGCACCGAGGAGGAUGCUCCCCGGUUAUUUCAAGCGGUUCAAUCCCCCGAUAUGCACGCCAACUAUGCGGUUUACCUUUGCGCGAGAGCUUGCGAGCUGGUUUCUGACCGGACUCAGUUUAUAGAACUGGGUGUGCAGAAUGACUGUACUGGCGAGGCUUUCCAUCGUCGCUGGCUCAGCCUCUGGGAGGACCUGCAGCAGUGGGUCGAGCAUCGGCCUUCUGAACUGCUACCGGUCCAUACAACUCCGACCAAACCAUUUCCCCACAUACUCUUUCUGCAUUGGGCGGCCAUAUCGUCCAAUCAGCUUUACCAUACCGCAUGUAUACUUCUUCUCAACACAAGACCUAAAGGCAUGAAGCUGCCACCAGCACCGACUAUCUCUCCACUAUGGCAUGCCCGUCGUAUCUGCGGCAUCUCCCUCGCAAACCCGCACCAGGGAUGUUUAAACAACGCAAUCCAGCCCUUGUGGAUUGCUGGCCGUUUGUUCAGUCACGUCUCGGAGCAUACGAUAAUAAUCGAUAUAAUCCGCAGGAUAGAGGCGGAGACCGGUUGGGGCGCUUGUUGGCGUAUCCGUGAUCUCGAGCUUGCAUGGGGAUAUCAAGUUCCGCGUCGACGUAAGACGAUUCCUCGACAAGACGUAUGA